AUGUCAAAGAGAACGUCAUAUGAACGGUCUGAGCUGGGACAUACCACGACCAAGCGCGCAAAGCAGGUGGACGAAAAUCUUCCAUAUGACCAGCUUCAAGAAGCCCUGGGCGCCCAAGAUGAGAUUAAAGAUGUAACAAAAGUUGCGCACUGGUUCCACCCAAAAGACCUCCGUAUCCAGGAUAACACGGCACUCCAUCAUGCUUCUGAGCUGGCUCAGAGCGCAAAGAAACCUCUAGUAUGCAUCUACGUGGACUGCCCAGCCGAUGAAUCAUGGCACGGGACGAGUGCAGCAAGAGUUGAUUUCAUGUGCGAGGGUCUAAAGAUUAUGCAGAAAGAGCUCAAGGACCUAAACAUACCAUUGGUAUUUCUGCAAUGCGAGGAUCGAAAGAAGAUUGUAGAGACCGCGGUGGAAUGGGUGAAAAAGCAACAAGUCUCGCAUGUCUUUGGCAAUUACGAAUACGAAAUCGACGAGAUGCGGCGUGAUCUCAAGCUCGUCAAGACGGUCGGGGACAAGAUACAGGUCUCACUCUACCACGACCAGACAGUCGUAGAACCCGGGACCAUGCUCACAGGUACCGGGACGCCCAUGAAAAUCUUCACCCCCUACCACAAAGCAUGGCUCGCAAAACUACGCUCUGAGCCCGAACUGCUUGAUAACAACCUCCCACCCGCCGCAAAUCCCUCAUCCAUGAAAAAAGACCUCAAAGACCUAUUCGACACACCCGCCCCAAAACCAGCAAGUGACAAGCAAUUCGCCUCUGACGAAGAGAAAAAACGCAUCCGCAAACUCUGGCCCGCCGGCCACUCUGCCGCCUCGGCCCGCAUGGACUCCUUCCUGAAGCAAAUCUCGCACUACGCUGCCACACGAUCAAACCCCGCCGCAAACAGCACAUCGCGCAUGUCAGCCUACUUCAGCGCCGGCAUGAUAAGCAUGCGAUCCACGCUCCAAAAAGUCGUCGACUACAACCGCGGUAGCACCGAUUUCACUGAAGCAAAAGCCUCAACCGGCGUCUACGGCUGGGUCCGAGAAAUUGUGUUCCGAGAACUCUAUCGCCAGACUACUAUGACGACGCCGCAUACAUCCAUGAAUUUGCCGCAGAACCUCAAGUUUGACGCCGUACAAUGGGAAGACGACGAGGAGGGAUGGGAGAAAUGGUAUAAAGGACAAACUGGCGAACCUUUCAUCGAUGCGGGAAUGCGCCAGUUGAAUGCAGAAGCUUAUAUGCAUAACCGGCUUCGUAUGAACGUUUCUUCAUAUCUAUACUGUAACUUACUCCUCGACUACCGUCGGGGGGAGCGUUAUUUCGCCGAGACGCUCAUCGACUGGGAUCUCUCGAACAACACGCAAGGCUGGGAGCCGUCGUAUACCGUCUUCAAUCCCGUAUCGCAGGCUGAGAAGAACGACCCCGACGGUGAGUAUAUACGCAAAUGGGUCCCCGAACUAAAGCAUGUAAAGGGCAAGGCUGUGUUUGCGCCGUAUGCUAGGUUGAGCAAAGAGGAGUUUGAGAAGCUGGGGUAUCCGAAGCCGCAUGUUGAUUGGAAGGAGACCAAGGCAAGGGCAAUAGAUAGAUUCAAAAGGGGGCUGAGGAGUGCGGAAAUUUAG